GAAAACUAAUUAGGAAUGGAGGAGGUAUUAUUUAAUUUUCAUAUUAUAUUGUUAAUGCAUUACACGUAUUACCUACCCUUUCCUUUUCUUCUUCUUCCCUAGACUAGUUUUGUAGCUCUAUCUUCCUUAGAGAGAGAGAGGGGUAUAUCAUAUGAAAUUACUUUGUUGGGUAAAAAGCGCUCACUUUCCAGAUCAGUUUCUCCUACCAAUUUAAGGUUGGGAUUUGGGAAUUUGAUGAGAUCCAUAAAGUGUCAAGAACCAAAGACUAAAUUCUUUGGUCCUGAGUGCUCCAGUGAUUGUGUUAAUUAAGGCUGUGAAGAGGUUUAAGGAAGAUCCUAGUAAAAGAUCCUUGUGUUGGGUUUGUUUUUGUAAUUUGGAAUAAGGAUGUCUGCAGCUCAAGAUCAACUGGAGAUUAAGUUUAGACUGAUUGAUGGAACAGAUAUUGGUCCAAAGAGUUUUCCUGCAGCGACAAGCGUGGCAACGUUAAAGGAGAACAUCCUUGCUCAGUGGCCUAAAGAGAAGGAUAACGGUCCGCGGACAGUAAAAGAUGUGAAGUUAAUCAGUGCCGGAAGAAUAUUGGAGAACAGCAGAACAGUGGGUGAAUGCAGAAGCCCGUUAUGUGAUAUUCCAGGAGGGGUUACGACCAUGCAUGUAGUUGUUCAACCACCAGCUCAGGAGAAAGAGAAAAAAGCAUCAGAUGACAUGAAGCAGAAUAAGUGCCUCUGUGUUAUACUAUGAUAUUCAGUUCCAAGAGUGGGAUGGUUGGCGGCCAUAUUCAAGAUAAAGACUGGUGGGUUGUUAACAAUAAUGAAGAAGGUGAAGUAGUAACAAGCAUUAGUUGUUGGCUUGCCAUCCAUUCUCAAGAUCGUGUACGGUCUGGUCUUAUUUUCUUUUGUAUUUGCUCUUUCUUUUUUAGUGCUUGAUGGGUGCAAAGUCCAUUCUGCACUGAUUGAAAAUUUGUGUUGCUUUCAAGUAUACCAUUUCAUAUCUGUAGGACUGUUGUCUGUACAAAAUACGAAAUUGACUCGUUGGCUGAAUUCAUAAUUUAAUCUUGAAUAUCUUCUUACA